AUUAAUGGGCAUCAUAAGUGCCGAGAAAACGAAGAAUUGAAACGUUGCGGAAGAAUUUGCGAACAAACUUGCUUCAAUUUUGUCCAUAAGAAGUUAGACUGUUCUCAUGAUGAAAAGCAGUGCAGCAAAAAAACUGAAGAUUGUAGUUGUAAACAAGGAUAUAUUAGAGACGAAAGCACUGGAGUCUGUGUAAGACCUAACCAAUGUUCUCGCUGUGAUUACGGAGAAGAUUAUUUACCUUGCGGUAAAUUGUGCGAGGUUUCUUGUGAGUCUCAAGUUGUGCCUAAAAUUUGUAAUCGUGCGAUUUGUGGUCAAUCAGAUUGCCGCUGCCAUUUUGAAGCCGGAUUCGUACGAGAUCACUCUACUGGAAGAUGUACGCUCCGAAAAAAUUGUGCUCGGAAAAAUUAA